GCUUUAAUUGGUAUUUAAAGGCAUCUUUGUGGUGAAAAUAUUUGGCCUUUUUCACAGACAGACAGGGAUUUGCAUGUUAUUAACUUGAAGUCUAUAGAGAAUUUCAAUGGCACGGUCCGUGCACCUGUCUUCCCAAACGGAUCAUGUCACUGCUCCUUGGAGGUGGUCCGAUUUAGGGGGAUUUUGAUGCAAUGAUACCCAAGGCCAAGACACGGGGGCGUUGACGUUCUCUCCUUUCUCAUAAACAAACGCUUUGUUGGCCGGCACCAGGUACCUGAGUGAAGGGCAUCGCGUAAUCGUUUGAUUGCGAGGCAACGUCUACCUACGAAAAUCGCCGCGAGGCGCGCGCAGCUCCACAGAGAUCAUAAUAGCGCAAGCUCGGUUGCGUCUGACGUAGAGGGGCUUCUUAGAAGAAAACAUAGCUGGACCACUUACAUGAUACUGAUACGGUAUAUAGGAUAGGCUAUAUAACCAAUAGAAUGACUUCACUGGUAUUUUCUGCCCGUUUUCGACCGUUGGGACUCGAUGAGGACGGAAUAGUAACAGCGCGUUGCUGAGGAUGCGGAUCGCGGGAUUAGGCUGACACAAAAGAGCGUUCACACUGUGUUUAAUUGCGGAUUAAAGGAGAGCAUCAGCCUUGCACAACAAGGAGACGUUUCUUUAUUAGCGGGGAGCCAGACGUGCGGCCGGGAACAUUGACAACAUCGCUCGGAUGGUGGUGCCGUGGACCGCGCGACUAUGUCACUACAGUGCUGGGUGAUUGUUCUGGUCGGGCUGAUGUCGUACUUCAACCCGGAGAGAGCACUGGGAGCCCCGCAGAAGGAAGUUUCUGUGUCCCGGGACGGCUCUCUCUCUCCGCCCCCUUAUGUGAUUAUUCUCAUCUCCUGCUCUGGGCUGGUCUCGUUUGUUCUGUUGCUUCUCACCUGCCUUUGCUGCAAAAGAGGAGGCGUGGGAUUCAAUGAGUUUGAUAAUGCUGAAGGGGAAGAAUGCUCCGGGGCAUCCAGCCCUGUUCCUGAGGACAGUUUGUCCUCCUGUCCAUCACUACCCGAGGUCUACACUCUCCCACUGCGGGAUAAGAACUGCCCCAUCCUACCGAAUGGCACAGAUGGCUCUCAAUGUUUCCGAAGGCACACUCUCAACUAUCUGCAGGAGAUUGGAAAUGGCUGGUUUGGAAAGGUAAUACUGGCUGAGGUGCUGUGUGACUGCAGCUCCUAUCAGGCUGUGGUGAAGGAGCUGAGGGUCAGUGCUAGUCCUCUGGAACAGCGAAAGUUCUUGGCAGAGUCCGAACCGUACAGAAGUCUUCAGCAUCCGAAUAUCCUCCAGUGUUUGGGCCAGUGCAGUGAGAGCAUUCCUUUCCUUCUGGUCAUGGAGUUUUGUCAACUGGGUGACCUGAAGAGAUAUUUAAGAGCUCAGAGGAAGUCUGAUGGGAUGACCCCUGACCUGUUAAACAGAGACCUCUUGAACUUACAACGAAUGGCAUAUGAGAUCACCUCAGGUCUCUUGCAUCUCCAUGAGAACAAUUACAUUCACAGUGAUUUGGCACUGAGGAAUAUCCUCCUCACCUCAGAUCUUACUGUUCGGAUCGGAGACUAUGGCCUCUCGCACAAUCAAUAUAAGGAGGAUUACUAUCUAACCCCAGACAAACUGUGGAUACCUCUUCGCUGGAUUGCCCCUGAACUUCUGGAGGAGUUUCGUGGGAAUCUGAUUGUCACUGAUCAAACCAAAACCAGCAAUGUGUGGUCUCUGGGUGUUGUGAUAUGGGAGCUGUUUGAAUUUGGGGCUCAGCCGCACAGACACCUGAGCGAUGAAGAGGUUCUCACUUUUGUCAUAAGGGAACGACAGAUCACUCUGGCUCAACCUCGCCUCAAACUCGCUCAUGCAGACUAUUGGUACGAGGUCAUGCAGUCAUGCUGGCUACCUUCAUCUCAGCGGCCAACAGUCAACGAAGUCUUUCUCCUCCUCUCCUCUCUCCUUGCUGCUGAACAGGGAAGCCGGAAGAGUUCUAGAAGGGAUGAGGACGAGGAGGAUUAUGAGGAAGACAGUGGACAAGGAAGGAGAGGAGAGAGUGAUGAAUCAUUUGAAAGACGAUGGGAUGCACUCCGACCCCCAGCUUUCCAGUCAGCCGCACACAAACUUCUGAGGGAGCGAGAGUACGGGAGGGAGGAUGGCUGCCUCAGAGGAAAUGGAAACUCCUACCCUCUUUUGGACCCCGUGGACAAUAUGAUCACUCCUACAUCUGAGCUUGACGACAUCCUUACAGUAACAGAGACCAGCAAAGGCUUAAACUUUGAAUACUUCUGGGAAAAGGCCCAUGGCAGGAGAGGCUACAAGCCACUUCCUCCACCUCAGCCAAUACCAACACCAAAUUCUGGCCACAGGCAAACCUUGGACACACCCACUGUUGUCCCUGUGAUCAGCGCUCGCAGCCCUUCACUGGCUAGCGAGUAUUACAUUCGUCUGGAAGAGCAUACUCCCCAGGAUAAGUCCCCUAGUCUAGGAAAAGGGCGCUCGUUAAGAACAAAUUCAGUGUGUCCUGGAGAUCUGGAGCUGGUUGAGCUUCAAACAGGGACUACUGGAAAAGACAGACAAGCAUUCAGUCAGCAAGAUGGCUUUACAAGAGGCACCUCUCAGACUGUCAGAUCCAGUGAGGUAAAGGUUUUGGUUCCAAACACUGGCUUGGUUGAGUUUAGUAAGGAGAGCUGUAACAGAGUGACAGAUUAUGCUGUUAUAGAUAUUGGAGAAACAAACCAAAAGUCCUUUGGUCCUCAAGCACCCAUUCUUCCACCUAAACCUCGUUCAAUGUCCAUGUCCUCUGGCAGCCGUCUACACUCACGUCCCCUGCCUGCUCCUCCACUAGGAUACGCAAGAACAUAUGGUUUAGAUGUCUACCCUGGAUCCUCGUACCCGACAGGCAAAGUUGAGACCUCUGAUUCUUUACUAAUGAGUUCACUGUCAAAAGCCAACUUUGACCAUUUGGGCUUAAAUCGCACUCACCAGAAACUGCCCCCAUCUCCAUCACUCUCUCCUUCCAUUCCACCAUCUUCUGGCAGUCAGUCCCUGUUUCUCCCACCUCAAACCUGUCCUCCACCUCUCCCUCCCCACUAUAGACUCCAAAAGGGUCAAAAUUACUCAUUGGAGAUGCAUUCCAGAUACAAUGCGAUGCACUUACAAAGAGACCCAUUAAGCUGUGACCAUACUGACAAAAAAGAGUAUGCUGACAGAGGGAUGACACGAUCUCAGUCUUUGUAUAAUUCAAGAGAUGGUCCAGAUAUGUACACUACAGACAAUGAUCCCUACUCCAGAAUGACUCGAUCCCAAUCCACAAUUCCAAAAAUUGAAAGAACAUCGUCCUCUAGCCCAGAGUUCUCAAAGGAUGAGGAUGAUGAAGAUGAUGAUGAUGAUUCAGCUUUCAUGUCACCACACAGACCCACAACCAUUCAGCAUACCAACCUGGCUGAUGAACCAGACCCGGCAACAACCGAGCUUUUCUCAAGGGGGAUGAAGCGAACCCAAUCCCGCCUCGCCACCAUCCUCCCAGCCAUAUGGAGGGAAGAUGCAGUCAUGCAACGAGAGCGAGUUGCAGCUGCUAGGAAAUCUCCCAUACAUUUGUUUCUGACUGAGAUCUCCAAUGACUCUGUGGACAUGAAAGAUGGAGAAAGCUCAUGGGCACGAGAAAAUGAUGGAAGGAAAGACAAAGGAAUGCGGCGAUCCCAGUCUCUUGUCACAGAACUUGACUCAUCCUCUCAAGCUUGGGCCUCAGACAAAGACUUCCUGCAUGGAUAUGAAGGCAGCGCCAAAAAGAGAGAUUUAUUCCUUACAGAGAUUGAGACAUCUGUGUCUGAUUGUGAGGAUGCAUAUGAUGGUGAAGGUGGUACUCCGGUUUCCAGAUUUGGAACUACACCUCAUCCUUUUGCACAUCACUCAGAUUUGCCAGUGUAUGUAGAAGCUGAGGAGGCUUUCUCAUCAGGGAUGAAGAAGUCUCAUUCCCUGCUCUCUGAAAUAUCCAAUGAGAGUGUUGAACCUGAGCCGAAGACUGGGGAAAUGACUAGAGAGGAAUUUUUGAAGGAGAUUCAGUCUGCUGAAACAUUUCUAACUGAAAUCAUUACAAGGCAGCGUAAAAAGGAGGAGAGCGUGUCACCUGCUCCAUUGUCUCCUGAGUAUGAGUCAAUAUGCAUCGACCCAGAAUCGUCUCAGACAAUACAGUUUGAAUCUGAAAGAGCAAGAGCAGGGAAACCACCAGGUGACACAAAAGAAGCAAUUUAUGCUCAAGUCACCAAGCGGGCAAAACGGAGUGAAAUAAAAGUUGCCAUGCGCCCAGAAAUUCCAGUACUUCAAAUUGCAUCUGAGUUACAAAAUCUUGAAUCAAGUCAGAAAUUAUCUCCAGUUAGUUGCUUUACACCUGAAAUACAGAUAGAGAAGAGUUCCCUUAUUGAUUUUCCUUCCUCAGAAGUAAUGCCUAAAAAUGGGCCUCUAUUGGAGCAGAUGUCUCCUGUUAUACAAGAGAAACAAGAUUCACAAGUGUCUCAGAAUCAGCAUGAUUGUAUAAGUGAAGGUCCAGUAGAAACCAGGAAUAUACACAAUAGUAAUGGUUCACAGAGUUGUGACAAAAUUCAAAUCACUGGUGAUACGCAGAUUAGAAUUGGAGAUGAAAAUGAUUUGAAGGUCAUGUUUGUUCAGGCAAAAGAGCAAAUGCAGAAAAAUGAUUACAGUGUUUCACCUGGUAUUGAUGUGAUGACAUCAAAUGUAACAUUUGAAGAAUAUGCACACAAUGAGGAACUGUCAGAACAUCCAAAACCGAGCCAAAAUGAAUCAAACUCUCUUGAUCUUUCACAAAACAGAAAUUCAACAAGUGGCACAAGCUCUACACAGGCAAGGGAAUACAGUUCAGAUGUGAGUCAACACUCCCCCUCUGACAACAGACAGAACUUAGAAAUGGAGACAUCCUCUAAAUCCCUUAAACAAACCACUUUAACUGACAAAGAACCCAGUUCAAGGACCAUGUGCAAUGACAAAGACACAAAAAUGGCAAAUGAGAAAAUACUUCCAAGUGACACACUCUGUUUGAAUGAAUCAAGCACAGAUGAUUUCCAUUCGCCUAUGGUGCAUGAACCCAACUCUGAUCAGUCAUUGUCCACCAUGACCCCCACAGAUUCUGCCUUGUCACCUUCAACCUCUAGCUCAAUGGACUGCCUCACACCUGGAGACUCCUGGUUGGGUGGAGGAAGCAAUGGAUGGAGGGCCCUUGGAAAUGAAACACCACAUCGGGAUUCUGCCUACUUCUCAGACAGCGACUUGGAGGGUGGAGAGGGUUUAGGCAGAAGAGGCACCGAUGUACUUGGCCCUUCUCGUUCAGGUGGCGUUAGAGCGGUUGAGCGAGGAAUAUUGAUGGGAAUUGAGGAAAAGAUUGAGGAUGAAAGACUACUGGAGCAUUUUGAAAAGGAAGUAAAGAUAAAACAGGACAUGCAGGAAUUGUGGGUUUCAAGUGAUUCAUCUGAUAUAGAGAAGGGUCUCAUACAAGGUGCUGUCAUCUCAGGUGAUUCUCAGAGUGAAUGCAAUACUGAGUUUAUUGCCAGCUUAUUCUCCAAUGGAGAGGAUGAGCCAAAUAAAGGAGUUCCAUUUAGCAACAGCUCCCUUAACUUCCAAAACUCAUCUCUAGUUAAAAAUAGUGAGCUGGUUAUUUCUCACACAUUUUCAAAAGAAAGAAUGCUUCAUGAUUCAGGUGCUAUUGAUCUCACACUGCUUGCCCAUAUAGUCUCAGAGCCUCAGAAACCCAUUUCUGGACCAGUUUGUCAAGAAGAACUCAUUGAACAUUGCUCAUAUUUGGAAACAGCCAAGUAUAAAGAAACACGUUGUACGUCACCUGAUUUCCCAACUGGUGAACAGCCAUCAGACAAAAGUAAAUCUAGGUUAUCACGGUUUUACAGCUUACAGUCUGAUUAUUCUAAAUGCACCAGCAGCCCUGAGAUAAACAUAAAGCUCAGCAAUGAUGAUACCAAAUGCGGCCUGACCCAGUUCAUCUGGUCAGAGACAAACCCUGAAGGACGUACAGGAGGGGAAAGGGGUGAGCUUGAAAUCCAAGACACAGAUGCGAAUGAACUAGGCUUGAGAAACCUCUCGUAUUCAGAAGAGAGUGAGGAAGAGCAGGCAAAGGAGAGGUCUGAAAGUCAGCUAGCUGUAGGGGAACUCUGUUUUACUAUCAAGGAAUCCUCACAAAAUGCUGCAGAGGAAAAAGUCAGCAGUAUGGAGCUCUCAAAAGAUAAACGUUCUGAAGAAUUCGGCAGAGGUGCCUCAAUGGGUCUUGAACUGAAGGAGAAGGAGUUGUGGAGCGCCCUCGAGGAAGAUUAUGGAACGGUGGAGACUGUGAGAGGGGAAUUCAACUGCCAGACAUUUCAGCAGGGAGAACUUCACCUUUGGCCUGUGGAAAAUGACCAGUGGGCUGCAGCCGAAGAUCGGACACCAGAAGUAGGGCUCGGAUCAGAGCUCUUCCCAAGUUUUGGAAAAAAGGCCUGGGCAGAGGAGGAACACUUAAUGAUUAGUCAUGAAUUCUGGGAAUCUGAAGCAAAUGAUGAGCUUGCAGAUAGUGAGUCUCAUCCCGCUGCUCAGAGAAUAUGUGAAGAUACAUUUAAUGAUGAGAAGGUAGGACAGGUUGAUUAUCCACCACCUGAGAGGCUGAUCCUUUCUGAUGGGGUAAAAGGAACUUUUUCAUCUCAGCAAGCUCCUUUAGAAAGGCUGGACUUUCAGCAAGAGGAGAACAUAGAAAAUCUAGACAUAGAAAAUGGAUCACCAGAGGACUAUACUAGAAAUGUGAAGAUGGAAGUUGAGAAUCUGGAGAACCCAGAGCUGGAGGCACCUGGACAACACAGACCUGUUGAGAUGGUGAUUGAUACUCAGAAUUCUGAGACGUUUUUACAAAAAUAUGUGGGAGAUGAAUUGUUUAGGGUUGAAGACAAUAAAGAGUUUGAAAGUCAUGAAAACAUGGUAGGUGUAAGAGGUUGUAUGACUCACUCUCCUUCAUUUUCUAUUACAAAUGCCUCAACCGAUGAGUUAGAACUUCUGCAAUACCAUAAAGAACCUCUUUCUAGUCACAACAGCAAUGUAUCAAGAGACCAAUCCGAAGCUACAUGGGCACCCAAGACUGAAGCAAGCAAAAUUUUGAUUGCAGACCUUGAAGACCAUCACACCUGCACAAUAGACUUGGCUGAUAAUUCUCACAUCAUUUCAGUGUAUCCAGAGUGUCACAGUACAGAAACCAAUAGACAUGAUGUUGACAGUAAUCACUGUUCUGCCAUGAUCAGUGAUGUAUUUUUUGAAAAAGAAAGAUCAGAUUCUCCAUCGUUCCCAAGUCUCACCAUUAGCACUGAUCCAGAGCCGUGUAAGAUCCACAGUAGCAACGUUCAAUGUUCAGCGCCUGCACUGAUUUCAAUGGAGCUUUCUGAAUGUGCUGCUUCCCCACAUGCAGGAGUGGGUAAGUGUGAAGGUCCAAGUAGUUUCCCAAAUACAGUACACCACAUAGAAAUCAAGACAAGUUCAAGUCUGUUCUGUGCCACAAAUCAAACAUCUACCAAAGGACAUGAGGAGCCGUCGGGAUGUUCUGAUGAUGCUAACUGUUUAGAUCAGUCUCUUGAAGAACUUGCAACUAGUACCACCACUCAAAGCAAAGGUAUCACUGCAAACCUGGGGCAAAAACUGCACACGUCUCUCAUGAAAGAAAACCACAUUCACCCAGAAUCAAAUGCUAUACGGGAGGACGACAGAAAUAGCCUGUCCCAGAAAGCGACCCAUCCACCUCUCUCCCAGUGUUCUCUGAACUCCAUCCCUGAGUUGUUGAUCUCUGAGUGGAAGGACUUGGAUGAGGAGCCUCUGGAGGAUUUUGAAAAACUAGAGCAGCUGUGCUGCAUUUCUGGGGAUGAAGAGACCCUUGGAGAUCUGUUUUUAGGAAACUUAGAUCUGCUUGAAUCUUUAAAAAGAAAUCCAGAGCAAAGAACAAGUGGUGCUGGUGGUAUAAUAAACCAGGAUGACUCAGCAGAUUUGGAGAAGAAGACAGGAGUAGAGCUAAAAGAGGAAGUUGAUGGGAUAACGAAAAGUACCACGGCUGUCUUGCAAAACUCAGAGCAAUAUGAAAACAUUUCUCCAAAUUUCCCAGGAGAAACUCAGCAGUCAGUGGAGAAGAGAACAGGGCAGCAUGUGCCAAAGCCUCUCUCGCCAUGCCAUUCUACAGAUGGUUCUAAAGGGCAGAGGUCACUCUCAAAAAUGCAGACAAAAAAUGGACUGAUGAUGCAGGUUUGUGAAGAGAGACUUCAGUACUCUCUCAGUGAAAAUGUUCAAACCAAUGUCUUGUGGGGUUCUACAGUUAGUGACAGCGUAAUUCUACACCCUUGGGGAGCCUCUACCACUUCAUCCUCUGUAGAAAGUGUUGCAAGCAAAGAUUUGGACAAUGAGAGUAGCAAAGAGGAGACCCCACCCUCCUCUCCCUCGGUGUCUGUGAGUGAAUCUGCUGAAACACAGACAGAAGGACUGACUGUGCUUGAACAGCCUGAGGUUCCUUCCUCUCUGCCAGUUGCAAAUCAAGCAAUGAAAGCUAAGCUGGCUCGUCUCUCCUUAUCCCUCCCUCCACUCUCUCUCUCUCUUCCUCUCUCACCGAAUGCCAAAGGAGGAUUCUGGGAAGGGGGAGAGCAUAGAGGGGGGAGAAGAAGGACUGCAUCAGCAGGUAGCGAUCCAGAUGAAGAUGAAGAAGAGGAACAGGAGGACGAGUCUCCAAGGCGUGUCAUCGUUGUCACGGAAACAGAUGUUGACAAGAGAGUGGGUUUACGUAGCUUGCUGAAAUCGCCAAAGGAACCCGUGGACAAAGAGAACCGUGACCGUGGGAGGAAUGUGUCAUUUUUUGAUGAUGUCACAGUCUAUCUUUUUGAUCAGGAAACUCCGACCAAUGAACUUAGCUCUGGAUCUACUAGUUCAUCUCCCCACGGAAAAAAGCCCCCCAACACUGAUGGUUUUGGAUCAGGCAGCCACAAGGCAUCAAAAAGUAAAGACCAUGUAGUGAAGUCAAGAUCUCCAACCGGAGUCACUUCUGGCUCAUCAUCAAGGUUUACAGUAAGCCCUGCCGAUGACCCACAUUUAGUGUGACAUACUACCGUUCCCUAAACACCUGGACAAAGUGUACCCCCCUGGAGUGAAUGAGUGGCCCCCGUUGUCAUCGGUAACUAUGACGACUCCCGGAGGUUAUUUUUUUAACUGCGAGAAAAAGAAGGACUCCCGUUUCAAAAGGCUGGAGGCAGUCCAGGUUUUACUCACUGCAGCAGCUGGAGUGGUAAAUCCACAAAUAGAAAGUACCUUCCAAACAGCCAAAAACCUUGGAGUUCUGUAAAAUCUGACAUGUACUUUUUCGGCUAUGCAAUGGGAGUCUUAUUAUGUACCAGCUUAACUGUUCUAUUUUCAUGGCUUCUUGAAGUACGUUUGUAUUUUAUUCCCCUUAAAUGAAGGGGCGCACUUUCUCUGACCAGUCCCUGUCUAUUUGUGAGCUUAGAAAUAUUGACAUUGUAAAUUUGUUCUCAUUGCAGUCAGUCAGGCAUUCUUGUAGUUUGUGGUUGAGGGGGGAAUUGUCUCUCCAAAUCACAGCAGUGCAGUUCUCAUUUAGCAUUUGUACAAACUAAAAAUGAAAUUGCAACAGAAUACAAACUCAUUUUAAAACCAUUUAUUUUAAAUGUAUUCUUAGAAUGCACGAAAAAUUAAAACUGCAACUAACUGUUGUUUUAUACUGUAUUUUUUAUUGCAGAUGUUAUUUAUUUCUGUAUCUAAUUUGUUUACUUAUUUGUUUAUUUAUUCUGCAUUUGUUUAAAUAUGUUUGUCUGUUGGCCUAAUUCACUUUAUAAGUUUAAGUAAACUGUAUAUUUACUUUGUAUCAAAUUAUUUUGGAUUCAUGGCAUUUGCCGUUUAAUCCUAUUAAUAACCGCCUCAACAAACAUAUAUCUUUGCAUAGGUACAAACACUUUGAAAUGUUUUCUCUAAUUUAGCUAUUUCUAGAUGUCAGUCUGUAUCUAGUUGUCCUAUGAUGUGUCUCUCCGCAGGUGUUAUUUUCUAAUAAUGUAUUUGACAUGAGCUUUUCCUUUAUUCAUUUUGAAGCAGUAAUUAUUGCUUGGCAUGAAAAAAAAAAAAAGAGAAAUCAGCAUACAUGACUAUUAAUUGACUUAUUUAUUCAUUCAUUUUUAGUUUUCAGUCUUAUCAUUCAUUCAAACGUCUGAGGUAAUCCAGAUCAUUACAUCACGUUCAGCAUCUGUUUCAUUUAGAGGUUUCAUAAUAUUCUGUAUGAAGCUGAGGGAGUGAAAAUAACAUGGAAACUGUGAAACAUUUAUUGAAAUGUUUGAUGACAAUAAAUUGUUCUGUCUUAUA